AUGACGGACCUCAAGACCGCCGCCUAUCAUGCCGACGACGUUCUCGACGACUUCCGCUACGAGGCGUUGCGACUCCGUGCUGCACAGAUGCGCCCCUACUCCACGGCACGCAAGAUGCUGAGCUACUUCACCACCAGCAGCCCGAUUGUUUUUCGUCUCUCCAUGAGCAGGAAGAUGAAAGAUGCCCUUGAAAUGAUAGACGAACUGGUUGUGGAGAUGAAUAACUUUCACUUCCUACAACAUGCCGGGGCACCAACCAUUGUUCAGCCGCAAACACACUCACAUGUCAAUGAAUUACAAAUCGUCGGCAGACAAGAUGAAAAGGAACAAGUGGUGAAGAUAUUGCUCAACCAGUCUGAUAAUAGCAACAUUGGUAAUAGUGGCAUCAUGGUGCUCCCCAUAGUUGGCAUGGGGGGAAUUGGCAAAACUACCCUUGCCCAACUUGUUCACAAUGAUCAAAGGGUGAAGGACCAUUUUGAGUUGGUCUUGUGGGUAUGUGUCUCUGACAAGUUCAUUAUUGAAGAAAUCAUCCGGUCCAUAAUAGAAGUGGCCACCAUGAAGAAGUGUGGUUUGACUCAGAUGGAGGCACUGCAGAAGGAACUCAGUAAAGUUUUGGCCAAGAAAAGGUACCUCCUAGUAUUGGAUGAUGUUUGGAAUGAAGAUCGACGGAAGUGGGAUGACAUGAGAUCAUUGUUGUGCGCACAUUCUAGAUCGGGUAGUGCUGUAAUUGUGACAAGCCGCAAUGAUCAAGUUGCUUCUAUGAUGGGCACACUUCCACCACAUCAGAUGUCACUUCUAAAUGAAGAUCAAUCAUGGGAGCUUUUUCACAAAAAUGCAUUUGGUAGAGAAGUGGAAAAACCAGAGGAAUUCAACUCAAUAGCUAAGAGUAUUUUACACAAGUGUAAGGGGUUGCCUCUUGCUAUCAACACAGUGGCAACUUUACUUCAUUCAAAGCAUCACAGUCAGUGGGUUUCUAUUUUGAACAGUGAUGUUUGGAAGAAUGACGUCCUGGCAACUGGGAUUGUACCUGCUCUACAGCUGAGCUAUGAUCACUUGUCAUCAGAAGCAAAAUUAUGUUUUUCAUUCUGUGCUAUUUUCCCCAAGGAUAGCCCGAUGGAUACAAACAUGUUAAUCCAGCUUUGGAUGGCAAAUGACUUUACUGCAUCAGAAACAAUAGGCCAACAAAUUUUCAAUAUGCUAGUCCAAAGAUGUUUCCUCCAAGAUGUGGAGAUUCAAAAGAAUCGUCUCUCUCAGUUUCGACAUGGGUUCAUCCACCGACCAACUACUUGCAAGAUGCAUGAUCUCAUGCAUGAUCUUGCUGACUCUGUAAGCGGAAAUGGUUGCUUCCACUUGCAAUCAUUUUCAUCACGUCGACGAAUUUUGGAAGGAUCCAUAGACGCUGGUUCAUUACAGCAUCAGGUUCGACAUUUGUCACUUGAUUAUGACUAUUUUAAUGUUAAAGUCAUGAUGAAAAUUCUAGCUCCCGGAGCCCGCACGAUAUUAAGCCAACGCCAAUUGGGCUAUCAACGUCCACUAAGAAAGUCCAAGUCAGAAUUAAUGUCCUUACGAGCAGUGAAGACGUUCCCAAGCAUAACACAAAUGACAAAUUUGAAGCAUCUUCGCUAUUUAGACUGUUCUUAUUCUGAUAUAUCUGCAUUGCCUGAAGCCACCACCAUGUUGUAUUGCUUGCAAACAUUGAAGCUCAUUGGUUGUAGAGAACUCAAGAAAUUACCAGAAGGGAUGAGAUAUAUGAGCAGUCUUCGACACAUCUUCCUUGUUGGGUGUCAUAGUUUGGAGCAGAUGCCGCAAGGUAUUAGUCAGUUGAAUUCCCGACAAACGUUGACGAGUUAUGUCAUUGAUAGUGAUACAGGUCGUGGAAUUGAUCAACUGAAAGAUUUAAAUCUAUGUGGUGCUCUUUCUUUGACUGAGCUGAGAAAAGUGCAUGGUGCAGAAAAUGCUAAACAAGGCAAUAUGUCUGACAAGCAUAAUUUGAAGCGAUUAUCACUCGAUUGGACAAAUGGACAUUAUGGCUCAUAUUUUGGAUAUGGAGUCGAUAAUAUUGCAGAAGGGAUAUUGGAGGCUCUUCGUCCACACAAAAAGCUUGAAGUUUUACUGUUAUCUAAUUAUACUGGUCCCAAAUUCUCAUCAUGGAUGCACAACUGUACCCAGUUAGAACAUCUUAGUGAACUUUCUCUGACUGGAUGUGAGAACUGCAAGUAUCUUCCACCAUUGUGGCAGCUGCCCUCUCUUGGGUACUUGGCUUUGGAUGGUUUGCAUAGCGUGACAAGUAUAUGUAUUGUUAAUGAUGAGAUGGACAAUGUGGAAUCAUGUAUUUCUCGGCCACCCUUCUUUCCUAAAUUGGAAACCAUGAUAAUUUCCGACAUGCCUGAGCUAGAGAGAUGGCACCAAGAGGUGGCAGGACAAGUGGCAAUUGUAUCAUUGCCGCAGCUCAAGAAGCUAAUUAUUGAUAAUUGCCCAAUGCUAUCAAGCAUGCCCAGGACGCUCCCUUUGGUUGAAGAUCUACAGGUGGUUAGCGCAAGAGACAUUCCCCUUCACCAUCUAAUGAAUCUGUCUAUGCAAUCUAAUCUUGAGUGCAAAGGCUCCAUUGUAGUUGAACCUGUUGGUUGUCUAUCUAUGGACCUUCAUUUCUCAAGGCUUGGUGACUCUGAUGUGUUAGUGAGACUCACAGUUUUGAGGGAGAAUGUAGGGCGCUUUGAAGAGGAGAUGAACAGAACACCUUGCAGAUUUAUUAAGAAGCUGGAUAUAAUAGAUUGUGACUGUCUUUUCUCACAUGAACUGUCCCAAAUACAACGGAAUAUAUGGAACCAUUUUGGUUUUGUUGAAAGUAUGUGGAUUACAGGCAUCAAUAAUAUAAUACAAUGGCCAGCAGUAGAAUUCAGAAACCUCAAUCAUCUUCGACUUCUACACUUGUCUUGUUGUUCCAACUUAACUGGUUCAUUCCCAUCAACAAUAUCUGAUGACGAAAAUGUCCUGCUUCCUCGACUCCAGGUUCUUAAAAUUAUAGGAUGUGAAAAUUUGGUGGAAAUACCAAGGCUGCCUGCAUCUCUUGAAAUAUUGCACAUCAGUUGUUGUCAGAAGCUGGUGUCCAUGCCAAUAAUUCUCGGGAACAUAAAAAAGAUGAGAGAACUCGAAGUGUAUCGGUGCAGUGCACUGGCAACAUUUCUAGAUGGAAUGCAUGGAAUCACUGCACUCAAGAAGCUGCGAAUGGAGUGCUGCCCAACCCUAGAGACACUACCGGAGGGGCUCCUGCAGCAGCUCCCAGCCCUCCAGGAACUAUGUAUUACAGAUUGCCCCAAGUUGGAGGAGGCCUUCUCAGGAGGAGGCACUUACUGGGAUUUGGUUGAAGCAAACUUGGAGAGAUCCUCCUCAGAAGGAGGCAUUUGCUGGAAUUUAGUUGGAGAGACGGCCACUGGAGGAAGGCCUAUUCACUGCAAAGCACUGAAAAAAAUAGCGCGCUAUAGCGUCGCUAAUAGCACGCUAUAG